UGGAGGUGAGGUCUGCUCUGUUGGUGAGAUCCCGAGGUGCGUAGUUUGGAGGUGGUUUAAACCAGGCCGGAGUGGGGAGACUUGGGGGCCGGUCCAGAGAUGGUUGGCCAGUGGGAGGCAGUGAGUUAGGAGCCAGGACGGGGUGGGCAGGAGGCUAGGUGGCAGGUUCAGUAGGCAUAGCCAGGUGGGCUGAGGUGUGAGGAGGCUAGUGGAGAGAAGUGAGGUAGGGCCCAGAGGGAAGAGUCCCAAGUGAGGCCAGCACCGGGUGAGGGUGACCCAGGGUGAGAGGGUCGCAGGGAGGGGACCCAAAGUGAGGCCUGCUUUGGGGCACUCGGUGUGGUCAGAGGGGCAUUCCCCAUGGGGGAGUCCCCUCCCCGGGUGCCGCUGGAGCCAUGCUGUCCCGCAAGGGCAUCAUCCCCGAGGAGUAUGUGCUGACCCGGCUCGCGGAGGACCCUGCGGAGCCCCGAUACCGAGCCCGUGAGCGGCGGGCCCGCUUCGUGUCCAAGAACGGCAACUGCAACGUGGCCCACAAGAACAUCCGCGAGCAGGGCCGCUUCCUGCAGGACGUGUUCACCACGCUGGUGGACCUCAAGUGGCCGCACACCCUGCUCAUCUUCACCAUGUCCUUCCUGUGCAGCUGGCUGCUCUUCGCCAUGGUCUGGUGGCUCAUCGCCUUCGCGCAUGGCGACCUGGCCGCCGGGGAGGGCAGCCCCGUGCCCUGCGUCACCAGCAUCCACUCCUUCUCCUCCGCCUUCCUGUUCUCCAUCGAGGUCCAGGUGACCAUCGGUUUUGGCGGGCGCAUGGUGACCGAGGAGUGCCCGCUGGCCAUCCUGAUCCUCAUCCUGCAGAACAUCGUGGGGCUCAUGAUCAACGCCAUCAUGCUGGGCUGCAUCUUCAUGAAGACCGCCCAGGCCCACCGGCGGGCCGAGACCCUAAUCUUUAGCAAGCACGCGGUCAUCGCCCUGCGCCAGGGCCGCCUCUGCUUCAUGCUGCGCGUGGGCGACCUCCGUAAGAGCAUGAUCAUCAGCGCCACCGUCCACAUGCAGGUGGUGCGCAAGACCACCAGCCCCGAGGGCGAGGUGGUGCCCCUCCACCAGGUGGACAUCCCUAUGGAGAACGGUGUCGGGGGCAACAGCAUCUUCUUGGUGGCUCCGCUCAUCAUCUACCACGUCAUUGAUGCCAACAGCCCGCUCUACGACCUGGCGCCCAGCGACCUGCACCAUCACCAGGACCUGGAGAUCAUCGUCAUCCUGGAAGGUGUGGUGGAGACCACGGGCAUCACCACCCAGGCCCGCACCUCCUACCUGGCCGAUGAGAUCCUGUGGGGACAGCGCUUUGUGCCCAUUGUCGCAGAGGAGGACGGCCGGUACUCUGUGGACUACUCCAAGUUUGGCAACACCGUCAAAGUGCCCACGCCACUCUACACCGCCCAUCAGCUUAAUGAUGACCGCAGCCUGCUAGACGCCCUGCCCCUGACCUCGGGCCGCGGACCCCUACGCAAGCGCAGUAUGGCGGUGGCCAAGGCCAAGCCCAAGUUUAGCAUCUCUCCAGAUACCCUGUCCUGAGUCAUGAACGCCAUGGGCCCGGCGAGCUACACGCACACACCUUUGUGUGCUCAUGGGCAGUGUGUAUGGUGUAGAGAGUGGACAGUGGUGUGGACCCUGUGGCCCAGGCCAGGAUCUGUGAGGCUGGGCUCUCCUCAGCUCAGCCACCCCCCCUGCUGCUCGCCCACCGUGUUACAAGGCAUUGUCACUACCACCGUGCUAUUUUGGGCCUCAGCAAGAGCUAGGUUAUUUUGGUCCUUGUUCCUCUCAGCCUCAACUCAGGACUGGCUCACACCUCACCCACCCAGCAUUAAGCUGUGGGAGGUGCUGGGACCCAGAGCUGAGUCUCCAGCCAGUCUGAGGCCCCCCAAGGCCCACCAAUCUCCUUGGCGGGUAGUGGGAAAGGCAAUCCCCAGGUUGGAGGUGUGCUGUUCUAUUUCUGUGUCACCAAGAGAUGCCUGGGGUCAGCUUCAGCCCUCCUUGAUCCCGGGAAUCAUAAUGGGCUAAUGGUAGGCUGGCUAGACAGCAUGGUUGCUGAGGGAGCAGUUCCCAGCGGACGAUUGGAGUUGUGGGGCCUACACAGCCAGGGAAGGGCUGCAGAUGCCCUCGUUCCCCUCAGAGGGGCAGACUCGGGUCAGGAAAUGGGGAACCACAGUGGGGUAGGUGACAUGAGGAGGCUUUGUUUAGCUGAGUCCUGGGACACUUGGGCCAUGGGAGGACAGGUGCCCAGAGAAGAGGCACUGGGACCUGUGCCCCUUGCCCCUGACACCAGCCUCUGCAGUGAGGCCGCCAUGAGCUGGAGCUAUUUCAGCUGCCUGUGUCCAUUCUGUCCCCUGUCCUGGGGGAGGGGGCGCAAGUCCAAGGUGAGGCAACAGCUGCUGACCUACCACUCAGAGAGAGGCUGGGGAGGGGCCCUGGAGACCUGCGAGGCACUACAAGCCUUACAUGGCUCUCCAAUCCUGAUUCUCCUGCCCAUGGCUGUCACUCACCUUCUCUCCAUAUUUGGAUUGCUGGAAGGGAAGUGUUAAAAAGCUCAGGAUGGUAGGGGUGAGCAAGGUCCCUGAGGCAAGGAGACCAUUGGUUCUGAGCCUGGACUCAUGGGCCAGUGCUGUGUGUGAGCCCAGAAUUGCCUUCUCCGCUGUCAAUAAAACCUCCCCGUUUAUAACCUGCA